CCGCUUUGCCAAGCUGCCUCAGGUGGGGGAGGGGCACUGAUGGGAGGCGGCCGCUGCCCAGGCCAUUUUAUCAUAAAGCUCAGGAUCUCGGGCAGGAAGGGACCUCAAACUGUCUCAUUUUACAUUAGGAGAAACGGAGGCCGAGGAAUGGAGCCGUUCGUUGUAGCGUCAGAGGGGAAAGGAACCAAGUGCUAUGGAGGUGGAAAGGCCCCGGGAGAUCAUCCGGGUCUAAUGCUCUCCUUUCCAGAGGAGACACCUCCCUAGAACUCUGGCCCCCCAUUUCUACUCACUAGAUCUUCAAGGUCCCACUAGGAUCUCAAACUCAUCUCUUGACAACUUUUCUAUCGCCCUCAUUAAGUAAAGAAACAUUUAUUAAACGCCUACUGUGUGCUAAAUUCUGGGAUUAGACUGAAGUGGAAGAGUCCCUGCCCUGGAGGAUCUUGCAUUCUAACCCAGAAUAAGGGACCAAAGGUGGGAGGAUGAAUUACUCGUCAUCACAAAGCGGCAGAAGCAGGUUUCGAACUCGAGUCCCGGAACCUUCCUCAGCCUCCCUUUAACAUUGUCUGCUCUGCGCAUGCGCCAGGGAGGGGCGUAGCCGCACUUUCUCAAAGUCGUUCUGUUAUUUGCCCUGCGCAGGGCAGGCGAAGGACAACGCUGGUCUGCUCUGAUUGGUUGGAGCAGAAGAUAGGGUAAUAGCGUGGAAGUUCUACAAUGAUGUCACUCCAACUUGCGGCCAUAUCCAGCAUGGCCGAAAGGACUUUCCGCCCCGGAAACGGAAGGGGCGAGCUCCAUGGAAAAAAGGUCAAAAGCUUCCCAAGAUGGCGGCGUCCUAGACGGUAGGCCUCCGAGAACGGCGAUGGCGGGGACUACAUGGAGAGGCGUGUGCGCGUGUGUGCGGCGCGCGAGGCCGCCGUGGCCCGGGCGCGCCGGCCCUUUGUUGCCAUGGGGCGCUGUCCCGUUGCUAAGAACGCGCUGGACGGCGGCUGGGAAGUCUCGGAGCCGACGGGAGGCCGCUGAGGCCGAGGCCGAAGUUCCCGUGUACCAGUACGUGAGCGAGCGAGAGCGGCGCGUGGACCGCAUCUUCACGUGGGGGUUCUCGUACACGGGCGCGCUGGGCAUACCCAGCUUCGUGCAGCCUAGCGCCGACGGUCCCGCGGCCGGCCGCAAGCCCCGCGCCAUCCAACCGGUACCCUACCGCCUGGAGCUGGAUGCCCGGAUUUCCUCCGUCGCCUGCGGCUACGGCUUCACGCUGCUGUCGUCCCAGACCCAGGACAUCACCAAAGUCUGGGGCAUGGGGCUCAAUAAGGAUUCUCAGCUGGGCUUUCACAGGAGCCAGAAGAACAAGAGCCGGGGAUACGAGUACGUCUUGGAGCCGUCGCCGGUGCCGCUGCCCCUGGACAGACCGCAGGAGACCCGGGUUCUGCAGGUGGCCUGUGGGAGAGCCCAUUCUCUCAUCCUGACGGACAGGGAAGGAGUCCUCAGCAUGGGGAACAACUCGUACGGGCAGUGUGGGAGAGCCGUGGUGGCCAACGAGAUUUACAGCGAGAGUCACCAAGUGCACCGAAUGCAGGACUUCGACGGCCGCGUGGUGCAGGUUGUCUGUGGCCAAGACCACAGCCUGUUCCUGACGGAUAAAGGCGAGGUCUACUCGUGUGGAUGGGGCGCAGAUGGACAGACAGGUCUGGGUCACUACAACAUCACCAGUAAGCCCACCAAGGUGGGGGGAGCCAUCAGCGGGGUGAGGAUAGUACAGGUGGCCACCUACGGAGACUUCUGUCUGGCCGUGUCUGCUGACGGAGACCUCUUUGGCUGGGGCAACUCGGAGUACCUGCAGCUGGCGUCCGUCACCGAGGCCACCCAGGUGAAUGUCCCCACACACCUGCCCUUCUCUGGGAUUGGCAAGGUCAAGCAGGCGGCCUGUGGUGGCACUAGUGGCGCUGUGUUAAACGACAAAGGAAAUGUUUUUGUCUGGGGAUACGGCAUUCUUGGGAAAGGGCCAAACCUCAUGGAAACGGCCCUCCCAGAAAUGAUCCCGCCCACCCUCUUCGGCCUGUCGGACUUCAGCCCGGACGUCAGGGUCUCCCACAUUCGCUGUGGACUCAGCCAGUUUGCCGCCCUUACCAACAAAGGAGAGCUGUUUGUGUGGGGCAAGAACAUCCGAGGGUGCCUGGGAAUUGGCCGCCUGGAAGAUCAGUACUUCCCAUGGAGGGUGACGAUGCCGGGAGAGCCCGUGCAGGUGGCCUGUGGUGUGGACCACAUGGUUUCGCUGGCGAAGUCAUUCAUCUAAGCCCCCGGCCCUGCUCCAGGUUCUGCCCUCUCCAGCCCAGUUCUACACCCUCGGUGGUGGGUUUGGGCCCUGGAACAUUUGUGCUGGCAGCCGAUGACUGGAAGCCUCACCAGUAGGCAGAUGGCCAUCCCAGCCACCUGAGGAGUCCCCGCUGCUGGGAUCUGGCGGGAGAGGGAUGUGUUGGGGGGAGGACCUAGUCCCUGCUCCCUUUCUCUCAGGGGAGCAUUCACACAAGCCCCUUUGCUGAGGGCUGGAUGGUCCGAAGGCCCGGUUCUGGGAGCCCUCCCUGGAACGGGGCACCGGCCCUGCAGUGAUUCAGGGGGAGAUGGACCCGCUGGCACCCGAUCGCCCCUUUCCUAUCUUUACCUCUUAUCAAAUAAAGCAACAGCUUCCUCCGGGCACUUUGCGUCACGCCGGCCCCCUGAGCAGGGAUGGGGGGAGAGAUGCCUUUGAGCCUCCUGAGUGUGUUUGAUCAGUCAGCGAUGACCAGCGGGAUUCAUGGUUGACUUAGGGUUUCCAUGGCCCCCGGUGAGCAUUGGGGCGGUUGGAGCCAUACCAUCCCUGCCUAUGACUUAAUUUGUGUCUGACCCGGCACCCCCGGGGCCAGCCUGGCCUAGCUGGGGACGGGCUCCAGCUCUGGGGAGUGAUCCAGGGUCGCUGAAAGGCCUGAGCCCUGCAGGGGAAGCCGGGCCUUCACUGUCCGGGAGCUCCUGCCCGAGGCAGGACAACGGUCCCAAGCUGGGCAGCAGGAGCCUGAGCCCACUCCAAGCCCCUUUGGCCGGGGGUUUCAAGUGCGAUCAGCCCCGCUCUGGAGAAGAAAAAUCGACCCAGAAGUGACUUUCUGCAAAGAAUUUCAGUGAGUGCGCCUGGAGAGAGGCUCUUUCUUUAAAAACUCGUUUUUGGGAUGAAUCAACUGUUUCUUUUGUCAGAGGCUUACAGAAAACAAAGAAAUGCCUGCUGGGACACUGGCUGUGAUGCCCCCUUGGGAAAGGGAGUGAAUAGUGCCGAGGAGGGGACGCCCAUCGGGCCCCAGGCUCUGCUCAUCUUGGUUUGAUCCGUGUGUCUCCACACCUUUGUCCUGUUCCACUGUGGAGCCAGGCCUGGCCCAGGGAACGCCAAGAACUGCCUCCCGCCCGCUUGUUCCGAGAAGGGCAGAAGUGGGAGAUCCCAGGAGGCUCCGAGCCGCUGCCAGAGGGACGGGGCUCUAACCAGCAGCCUUUAGUAAUUGGGGGCCAGGCCCUACUGUCCCUGCCCUCGGGGAUUGGUUCUGUCAAUCACUAAGCAUUUAUUCAAUGUCUACUGUAUACCAGCAUGCUGAGCAAUGGGUAGAGCAAGGCAAAAAGGGAACCGCCUUUGACCUCAAGGACAUAAGCAUUUAUUAAGCACCUUCUCUGCGCAGGGCACCAGAGAUGCAAAGAAAUCUGAUCUCUUCCGUGAACUUAAAUCAGGUUCUUUAUGAGAGAAGUCUAAAACCCUCCAAGCAGCUCGGGACAUUCAGGACCUCUCCCCCUUUCAGCUUCCUUUUGUGUGUUGGCUUUCAUUAGACUGUAAGCUUCUUGAGGGCAGGAAACAAAGAGAAACAUGUGUCUGUAUCCUCAGCAUGGAGCACAGUGCCUGGCACAUAGUAGGUGCUUAAUAAAUGCUUACUGAUA